CCGCCUUCCGUCGCUCAGCUGAGCCACCGGCCUGUUUUUCCUGGGGAUAUUUGUAUCACUUGUGUGGCUCAUUCCGGAUAGUGACCCGCUGCAGUUCAGAUAAUGGGAGACACUCAGUCUGCGCAACGUGCGGGCAAAGAUGCAGCGGCGGAGGAGGAGAGCGAAAAAGUGAAUGAUGGUCAAACUGUGCAGAAUACAGAAGACGAGCCUCUCAAAAACAAUGGGCAGAUCUCUGAGAUCAAUGGAAAAGCAGAUGGCUCUAUAGCAGCACUGAAUGGUCAUUGCGAGGAUAAGAUACCUGCAGAGGGCAAUGUUGCAGAGACAGAAAAGCUACUUAAAGAAGAAGAAGAAACCCCACUGAAAAAUGUUGAAAUCAGUCAAAACAAAUUACCAGAUGAAGUUGAUGCAAAUGAAGUCGAACCAGCGGAAAUUAUCGAAAUGGAAGAGAAGCAGAAUGACAUCAAUGAAAGUUUUAGAAAAUUUUUCAGCAACAUUGGUUUGAAAUUGACAGUUAAGAAAGGCUCUGGUGAAAACGGUGAAACAGAUGUGCCUAAGGAAGGACCCAACAUACCAGAGGAGGUCACAGAUAAUGUACAAGAAGUCAAAAGCGAGAAUGAGGAACAGAAUGUGGCUUUAAAUGCAGCACAGGAAGCUAAUGAUUAUGAUUCAACAACAUGUCCUACUAUGACAGAUGGCACCUCAGAGAAUUUUCUGGGAAAUGCAGAGACAAAAACAACAGAAACCACAGAGGAAGCUGAGUCUGACAGUGCAGAUGCAGGAACAACUUCACCUGCUGUAAGUGAAGAUGCACACCAGGAUACCAUACCUGAAGAGGAACCACGUCCAAAGUCCCCAUUGAUCACUGAUGAAAUUGUGGUUGAAUCUCCAUUCAAAAGGUUUUUUACAACAGGAAUCUUUUCUAGUCUAAGGAAGAAAAAGAAGCUUGCAGAAGAUGAGGCAAUUGAGAAAGAACUGGUGGAUAUGGGGGAAAAUGAACCUGCAGAAAUAGCAGAGCAAGCAUUCGAAGAAGAACAACAGGAUAAGGAGGAGAUUACUCUUGAUACUGAGGCAAUUACAACUGCGAAAGGACUUCGGGAAGCUGAGCUCCUGCCUGCAGUAUCCAUUCAGGUGAAGGAUGAAGUUAAAUCACCUUCCAUGGAUACAUCAGACAGUAUUGUGAAUGAGGCUGAAAUACUAAACUCUCAAGAAAAAGAAAAAGUUCAGGCCAGUCCCCUGAAGAAGCUCAUGUCAGGGUCUAGUUUCAAGAAUCUUUCCAAAAAACAGAAAGGAAAGAAAUCAAGUGACGCAAAGAUCUCUGACCCUCAACAGCAAAUCUCUGAUCAGCUCCUGUCAUCGACAGAUUCAGCUGAAUAUCAGAAAGAAGAAAGUCCUACACAACCCUCAGCACCGGCAGCAGAAGACGAGGACGGUGCAUGGGCCACCUUCAAAAAACUUGUGACUCCGAAAAAGCGUAUCAAGAAGUCUUCACUGAGCAAUGAACAGGGACAAAUCUCAGGUUCGGUAGAUGAGGCAAAACUAAGUGAAGAACAGCAAAUAUCAGAUCACAGCACCGAUGAAGGGAAAAAAAGGAAAGAUUCAUCUGUGUCAUGGGAAGCUGUUUUGUGUGGAUCUGGAAGGAGAAGAAGCCGUAAAUCAUCAGAUUCUGAGGAAGAAACACCCCAAACCAGUGCUGGUGAUAGCAAACAAGACAGUGGACUUAAACAAGGUGCAGAAUCACCACUAGAAAGAUCUAUUGAGGUCCAAAAGAUUCAAGAAGGAAGUCCUUCAGAAGGCGAUGGAGAGUCAACAUGGAAAUCAUUUAAAAAACUCGUCACCCCCAAAACAAAAGCCAAGGAUGAGGAUGAAAGUAAAGAUACCUCGCCUUCUGAUGAUCAAGUUACUCAGGCUGAUUCCACCUUUUCCAUAAAGAAACUCCUGCCAGGACGAAAAAAGAGAAAGCCUGCUGAAAAGCCAGACCAAGUAUCUUCAGAUGAGGCUGACAAGGAUGUAGCUUCAGGUGAUGAAGACUCUGAGACUCCAGCUGUGAUUCCACUGUCAGAGUUUGAUGCAGAUGAGACAGAGGUUCACACACAAACUAAGACAGGUGUAGAAAGUUACGUACCAGAAGAAACAGACAGUGAACUCCGGCAGGAGUCUGCCCCACCUUGUGAUAGUCUCCAAAUUGAAACACAGAAGGUCCUAGACAAUGAGGAUGCUUUAGAAAAUGAGGCUUCUACAACACCAGUUGAAGAGAACACAGUAGAAGAACCAGAUGAUCUUACAGAAUUAAUCAGUAAAUACCAACAGCUCAGUGAUAUUCCAGAGGAGGGAAUACUUACAGAGACCAUGGCCACUCCAGCUUCAGUCAUUGAAGAGGCAGCAAGAGAUGACACUAUAGCAGAGGACCUGGUAGAGAUCACAUCUGAAGCCAUAACAGCUCCAGAGCCUGUUGAUGCUACUGCAACAGAUGAAACUGAGAUGAUCUCUGCAGUUUCCCAGUUAUCAGAUUCUUCAAAAACAUCUGGCAACAUAACACCUGUCCCUGCUGAAUACAGUGUCAAGGACACAGAGUUGUUACUAGAGCAGGUUGCUGAAAACAUUUCUGCAAGUCCACACACAGUCACAGUGACUUCAGAGGAGCCAAGUUCUGAAAGAAUAGUUAGUUCUGCCUUACCUCAGAUACUUGAAACAUUUGAAAAAGAACAGCCAAAAAUUCUGGAAAUACACAAAGGAUCAGAUGAAGCAGUGAUAAACACAGAUCUAAAUACUGAACCAAUCGAUGUAAUCAAUGAACUUGCAGCAACAGUCCAAACAGAGAGCGUGCCUGAUGUUAACAAAGCUAUUUCAACAGAAAUUGUAUCUCAGGUUCAUACUGAGGAGUUUGACAAUGCAGAAAUCACUAUAGAUGAAGCUCAUGAGGUCAGUGUUAUACAGGGUCAAGAAAACAUUAAAGAACUAGAAGCUACUGAUGACAGCCAACAUGUGCCAGAAAGUGUAUCUGAGGAAAAGGAAGAGUUACCUCAAGAGACAUCACCUGAAGGUAAAGAAGUUGUCCCAGAUGCAGGUUCUCUAGUUGGGGCAGAUCAAGUGGAAGAAGAUACCUUAAAAACUGAGACUCAAGAAGCAGAGUCAGCUUCUUUUGAGGCAGAUGAAAAUAAAAACGGAAGCAUGGAGCAGGAAGCCCAAACUCCGGCAGAAAAGAGGGAUCAGAUCAUUCAAAUUGUCACUGAGGAAAGUCAAGUUGAAGAUCAUGCUUCUGUGGUGGUGGUGGAUGAGUUGGAAGCACCGACAAAUGUAGAAAAGGAUGCUAUAGCAUCAGAAAAUGAUUCUGUUCAAUCACUUGAAAAGGAAACACCAUCCUCGGAGGAUAUUCCACCAGCAGACGUAGUCACAGAUGAAUCCAAGCAGAGAGAGCAUCUCAAUGAAGUGACUGUUGAGCCAGAAAACACAGAAACACAGACUGAAGCUCCUCAAAUAGACCAUUAUGAAGUGACAGAUGUAUUAGAAGUUGAGCAAAAAGCCACAGUAGAUACAGAAGAGGAUAGUGGUCAGUUACCUAAAGAGGAAGUACGAUCCUCAGAGGACAUUCCACCAGUAGAAAGUACAGAUGAAUCCAAACAGAGAGCAGAGUAUCUCACUGAAGUGACCGAUGAGCCAGAAACCAAAGAGCCACACCCUGACAUUUCUGAGGUUACAGACGUAUCAGAGGUUGUUCAAGCCACAUUAGAAUCAGAAGGAGACCAUGUUCAAAAAGAAAUUCAAUCCUCAGAGGACAUUCAUUCUGCUGAACCAAUAACAGAUGAAUCCAAACAGACAGCAGAGCAUCUCCCUGAAGUGACUGAUGAGUUUCAAAACAAAGAGCCACAGGUUGAAGUUCCAGAAGAAAUAGACGUACAAGCAGCCACAUUAUAUCCAGAAGAGAGGAGCAUUCAGUCAUUGGACAAAGAAGUUAUAUCAGAGGAUAUUCCACCAGCAGAAACAGAUCAGCCCAAAGAGACAGAAAUGGUACCUCUCACUGAAGAUAAAGUUGAAGCAGUGGAUGACUCCAAAACCGAGGAUGUUCAAGAACCAGCAGUGGUGCAAGCCUUCACAUUAGAUUCAGAAGAGGACAGUGUUCAAAAAGAAAUUAAAUCCUCAGAGGACAUUCCACCAGCAGAAAGUAUAGAUGAAUCCAAACAGACAGCAGAGCAUCUCACAACAGUGAUUGAUGAGAUUCAAAACAAAGAGCCACAGGUUGAAGUUCCAGAAGAAAUGGAAGUUGUACAAGCAGCCACAUUUGAUUCAGAAGAGAGGAGCAUUCAAUCAUUGGACAAAGAAGAAGAAGAGGAUAUUCCACCACCAAAAACAGAUCAGCCCAAAGAGGCAGAAAUGGUACCUCUCACUGAAGAUAAAGUUGAAGCAGUGGAUGAUUCCAAAACCGAGGAUGUUAAAGAACCAGCAGUGGUGCAAGCCAUCACAGAUUCAGAGGCAGGUAGUUCUCAAGUAAUUGAAGAGGAGGUAAUAUCCAAGGAUAUGGUGGUAGCAGAAACAGUUACAAAUGAACCCAGACAGGAAACAGUUGAGCUAGAAAAAGUAGAACUGGUGGAAGCAGAAAUAUCACUACCUGAUAUUGUUCCCGAAACUGAUGACAAAAUAUCUAAGGCAAAUGUAUUUGCUCAAAGUAUUGAGGAAAUUUGCACUCAGGAACUUGAAACAGAAACACUGUUAGAAGAUGUUCCAAAACUAGACACUGACAGUGUUACAGAUGAAACUGAAAAAAAAGUUGAGGCACAACCGGACCAGGAUUUAGAAAUAAACAAAGAUAAGAAAACCGAAAGCAUUCCACAAGGUGUUCGGGCUGAGCAUGAAGACAGAAAAGCUGAAGCUGUGGAAAAAACAGUAACAGCUGCUCAUGUGCCUUCUGGAGCAGAAGCCAGUCAUGAUCAGGUCCUUGAAAAGACUGUAUUUUGUGAAGAAAUCCUAGCACCUUGUGCUGAAAGUGCUGAAGUUUCAGAGGAACCCAAACAUGAAGAGGAUCUUAGCAUAGACCAAGUCAGUGUUGAGGGAGAAAAAGCUGAUGAGCUUCAGGGCACUGAGAUGAACACUGCUGCUGCUGAGCAUGCUGUAGAGAUGCAAGUAAUCACAUGUAAUCUCAAAGAUGUUUCAGCAGCAAUACCUGAUGUUUUGAUCGAGGAAACACCUGAAAUUCAAGAACGCUCAAUAGAAAGGAACGCAAAUGAGAUGGAGGUAAAGGCCCCAGUUGAGACUACAACACCAUUAGAGAAGGAUAAUGUAAAUAAUACUGCAGGAGAAGGCAGCAUGGUUGUGAUGAUGCAUGUUCCAUCAGUAGAGUUUGAUGACAAUCACAGGAUCCAAGUGCAAGUGGUGGAUAUUGCUAUCAAAUCAGCAGAGAAUAUUGUUGACACAAUGAUUGAGGUAGGAGUUACAGAGGCCAGAGAAGUUAUUGAUGUUUGUCAUGAAACUCUUGAAAAAGUAGAAACUCUCUCUGCUUCUCCUGCAUUAGAAGAGGAAGUGAAUAACGAGGAAAACAAUUUAACCAUUCAAGAAGUUAUUCAGCAUGUGAAGGAGAAUUUACCAGAGACAACUCCCGAGUCUCCUGAACCUGAUCUUUUGGAACAAGAAGUUAUGAAACAAGCAGAUGUGAGUGAGCUAGUUCAAAGUGGAUCAAGUGAACUAGAGGAUCAAAAAAUGAUGAAGGAUAGCGCUGGGGCACACAUGGAAGAAAAGGAUGAAGAGCAUGUGAUCCCAGCUGAGCAGAAAGUGUCUGAGGCUCAAUUGCAAAGAUCAGAUUUAAGCUUAGAAAUCUCUACCCAGGAUCGCAAAGAGGAUCUGGAAGAAACUAAAGCUGAGCUUCAAAAAUCUGAGGUAUGUGUGACAACAGAAGCUGCAACAGCAUCAUCUGAAGAAUUAUCUAACAAGAAAGAUGCCGAAAACACCACAGAAGCACAAAGACCACAGAGCACCCAAAGCCAGAUUGUUACACCAAGUAACACGGGAUUAGUAGCCCCCCAGAACACUGGUAUGAUCUCGUCAAUAGGCAAUGUGGAGUCUCCGUCUAGCCUUUCUUUGGAAUUCAAACUUAACAUACAGUUUGGGCAGCCAAAGGCACCAGCAUCCCCACCACCUCCUAAAGAACCUAUGAAACAACCUGACAUGUCUGCAGUUGCUGUUCAGGCUGCAGAAGCAGACGACCCUACAAAUGUAAUAAAUGCAAUGCAAAGAGUUGAGAGCGAGAAACAAAUUGAACUAAUGGAGGCCGCUGUUCAGACAACAGAAAUCACUGAGCCAGGAGCUGUGAUUUCAUAUCAGCCUAAACUUCAGGAUGGUGCUGUCCAAAAAAUAGAAACAACACAACCGGUAAAACAAAUUGAACCAAUAAUCCCAAGAAAUCGGGAAGCAGAAACCGCAGAACCAGUGAAGCAGAUCACAGAACCAGCAGAAAAAGCAGAUUUAACUGAAAGAGCCGUGAUGUCAUAUCAGCCAGUACCACAGGACAUUGGCAUCCAGGCAAUGGAAACAAUAGAACCAGUAGAACAAAUCCAAUCAGAGCAAUCAAUAAUCCCAAUUAUUCAGGCAGCAGAAAUAAUAGAACCUGUGAGGCCAAAAGAGAAAAGAGGAGUGUUGCUCAGUCAUCCUGCAGUCUUUGAGCCUUUCUUUGAGGCUCAUCACAAAGGCAAAAAAGCAGAGGAGCCCAUUAAACAAACAGAUGAGGAAAAUGAUGAUGUAUGGCUGGAUGCUGAGGAAGACAUUUACACUCAAGAGGAAACAGAGGUGUCCCGUCUCAAGGUGGAGGAACCUACAGAGCCUCAAGCAGAAAGUGAACCUGAGUUUGAAAUGGCACCUGAUUCUAAGACAGAGGAUGGAGAAAGUCACCAAAGAGUGCGCAAAACAGGAAGAACAUGUGAACUUGAGAGUGAAGGUGAAGAUUUUGCUGUUGCAUUGGAGUAUCCAGAAACCACGAUAAGUGUCCCUCCAGUAGAAUGGGACUAACUUAUCCCGAGUCACAUGUUAUUGAGUGGUCGGACAAUCAAAAAGCAAAAAGAAAGUUUCACAAAGCCAUCAAAGCCUUUUAUUUCACAUUAUGUUGCACCAAAAUAUUCUGAUAUUUAUUAGAGAAACAAGCCUUAAUUUGUAAGAUUAUUUUAUUAUUAUAAAGUGUGUGAUUUAAGAGAGCGUUAUGGAAAGUGAAGAGUGGAUUGAAAAAAAAUGUUAAUCUUCUCAGGGGGCAUGAAAUGUGAUUUUAGAAGUGUGACAGUGAGCUACAUCCACCAUGCAGGGGCCUCAGCAAAUUUAACUACCUGUGUGUCAUGUAGUGCAAUUUAAUUACUAAUUAUGUCAGGUCUUUCACAACAUUAUUGUUUUUGAAUAGAAUGUAUACGUCAAUAAGAAUAUGAUAAUAUAUUUGUUAAAUCUUUUCAUCUUUUAUGGUUAAAAAAAAAAGCUUAACAAACACUGUACUGGUGUUAUUCACAAACCACAUUAAAUCAUAACUUAACCGGUGACAGCACAUAUUAAUGUCUUUUUAUAUACAUUAGUAAAUGUAGAUAUUUCACAGCUUCCACAACACAUACUAUUUUUUUCUCCAUUCAGUAUUUCACUUACAUACAUGUUCCUACAGAAUUUGAAAACAGACCUGAACAUACUGAGGAUAUAUAUAUGUAGUAUUAUUAUACGCAAUCUUGUACAUAUUGACUGUUUUAGUGUUUAGAAUUUUUACUGUGAGCAGAUUGAAAAUAAGAGCAUGGAGAGAGCAUGGCACGAAGCAAGAUUUGACACAAUGUUUCAUUUAAGCUUAAAUUAAUCAGAUGCAUAUUUAAUCUUAAUCUUCAGUGCCUUAAAAAAAUCAUGUUUACUCAUCCUUUUUUUUUUUUUCCUCCAGCUGUUUAAGUAUGGAAGCUUGUUCCUGCCAGGCAGUGCUAAGUCAGAAUUUCAGCUUACUAAGUGUCUCAAAAUCUUGAAAUAUUUCAGAACAAGUCUAAAUUUCAAGUUAUUAAACUUAAAAUUCAAGAUCCUAACUCAAAAUUUUGACUUAUGGACAGCAAAAGAAACAUUUCUUCCAUGGCUGUAACAAGCUUCCAUAGUUCGAGUGUCUUAUUGAGCUUGAAGCACCACUGAUACCUAAAGCUCAGUAAGCAAGCUGUGGCAGAAUGAGAGAAAUAAGCUUGUGACAGGGUAGGUUAGCUGUAUGUUCUUGUUUUAAAUAUUUCUUUCUUUUACUGUCUUUUAUGGACAAUACUUGCUUGUCUGACGUCACUAAUGAUGAUUUAUGUGUAUUUAUAUAUUUACUGAUAUAUCUAUCUGUGUUUAAUUAAAAAAAAGACUUAUUUGAA